AUGGGUGAGCAAUGGGCAAGCGUGGGCUCCCUCCUCGCCGGCCUCAUGUUCCUCGGGGCGGUCAUCCGCCAAUACUUCCCCUUCCACCCUGAAACCAUCCUCAUCAAAUACAUCCGCAAGCUCACAUCCUUCAUCUACCCCUACGUCCAGAUCGAAAUCCCAGAGUACACCGGCGAGCGCAUGAAGCGCAGCGAGGCCUACGCCGCCGUCGAGGCCUAUCUCAGCGCCUCUUGCUCGCAGCGCGCCCACAAGCUCAAGGCCGAUCUCGGCAAGGACAGCACCAAACUAGUCCUCAGCAUGGACGACCAUGAGGCGGUCACCGACGAAUUCGAGGGCACCACGUUUUGGUGGUCCUCCUCCACGACCACCCGUCAGGCCCAGGUACUCUUGUACCCCACUCAAGAAGAGAAGAGGUCCUACCGGCUCACCUUCCACAAAAGUAACCGCCAGCUCGUCCUCGAUUCCUAUCUCACCCACGUAUUGAAAGAGGGGCGCGAGGCCGGUAUCCGGAACCGGCGGCGGAAGCUGUACUGCAACAACCCCAGCAGCAACUGGUAUGGCUACAAGAGCACGGUGUGGAGCCAUGUGGCGUUCGAGCACCCGUCCAGCUUCGACACCCUCGCCAUGGACCCCGGGAAGAAGCUGGAGAUCGUGAAAGAUCUCGACGCGUUCCGCAAGGGGAAGGACUACUACACCAAGAUCGGCAAGGCCUGGAAGAGGGGAUACCUCCUCUACGGCCCGCCCGGCACCGGCAAGUCCUCGAUGAUCUCUGCGAUGGCUAAUUUCCUGGACUACGACGUCUACGAUUUGGAGCUGACGACCGUCAAGAACAACAUCGAGCUGCGGAAGCUGUUCAUCGAGACGAAGAGCAAGUCCAUUAUAGUCAUCGAGGACAUCGACUGCUCGCUAGACCUCACGGGUAAGAGGAAGCAGAAAAGCAAGAAAGAGGAAGAUAAGAGCGAAAAGAAGAAGAAACUGCCACCAGAAGAAGAGGAGAGCAGCAAGGUGACUCUAUCCGGGCUUCUCAACUUCAUCGACGGGCUCUGGUCGGCCUGCGGCGGAGAGAGGCUGAUAGUAUUCACGACCAACCACAUAGAGAAGCUGGACCCGGCACUGAUCAGGAGGGGACGGAUGGACAAGCACAUCGAGAUGUCGUACUGCUGCUUCGAGGCAUUUAAGGUGCUGGCCAGGAACUAUCUGGACGUCGAGUCGCACCCUCUAUUCGACACCAUUCGGGACCUGAUGGAGGAGGUGAAGAUUACCCCGGCGGAUGUGGCGGAGAACCUGAUGCGGAAGUCAGUGGACGAUAAUGCAGCCUCGUAUCUUGAGAAUUUGAUCCUGGCGAUGAACAAAGCCAAGGAGGAGGAAGCAUCCAAACAAGCUGAGGCCAGUACAGAGGAAAAUGUGGAGGUGGAGGUGGAGGGGGACGGGGAGAAAAGUGGAGCUAAGGAGGACGAAGCAUCCAAACGAGCUCAGGCCAGUGCAGAUGAAACUGUGGAGAGGGAGGAGGGGAAAAGUGGCGCUAAGGAGUAGGAAGCAUCCAAACAGGCUGUGUGCAACGGAGAGGAGAUGGAGGGGGAGGAGAAGAGUAACCGGAAGUAGAGCCGAUGGAGUUUAGGCAGAAAAGUUUGUCGGCUCUCGAAGCUUGUAUCUGCUGGUCCCUGGGCCGUAGGAUUUAAUUUGCCGGUUAUUUGGCCCAAAGUUAUUUUGUUCACCGCUUUGAUUCUAUCAAUAAAAAUAAAAAAUAAUAAAAAAAUCGUUGUUGUUA